AUGACUGAUUUCCUGCUGAAUUUUAAUAUGGGAUGGAUUCGCCAACAUCUGAUGUGCUCUUGCUCAGUGAAGACGACAGCGGUCUUUUGGUCAACGGUUCGUUUUCAAACAGUUCCGCCAGUAGUAGUUCUAACAAGCAUUCACCACAAUUCAAAUUUAAAGAAUGUGAUGAUGAGUUAUCAUUAAGUCAAGAAGAUUCUCUAAUCGACGAUUCGGAUACAUCAUACACACAACAGUUUAACACAUUGAAAAAAUGUCCUAGUAUUCAAAAAUCAGAGAAUCCAAUUCAGCCUCCUGUUGAAUUUCAAGACUCUCCGUGCAAUUCUUUUAAUGUUUACUCUCCUCCAUUUGAAUUUAAAGACAAUCAAUGUAGACACGUCUGUUCUCCUGUCUACACUAAUGAAUGUAUGAUUCGUGUUGAACAAUAUGCUGAUGGUUUUAUAAAGUCGUUGAUUAUUGACUCUCUGAAACACUUAGAUCCAUUGCAUGAUACUAGGCACUUUAAACAACAAAAACUGUAUCAUAAUUUAGGCAUUUAUUGGAAGACUAAUUAUCGCUUGCCAAAUGGAUCAAACAAUUCUUUGUUAUCAACUAUUUCAUCAUCUCAUAACUCCUUAUUUAAUGUAGUUUCUUCUGAUGAUUCUAACUUUAUAUCUUCUGCGGUUUCACAUGAUGCUCUUAAUAGUGAUACGUAUACAUUACCAAUCGAUAGUUCCCCGUUUAAUGUCGCUUUUCGACGACCAUUGAGAAAAAAGAGAAAAUUUCGUGAUCAGUGCCAUUCCGUACCACUUAGUAAAAAACCAGGGGAAAAAUGUAUCAAUGUCCAAGAGCCCAUACACAUGACUGUAAAAGAUGUACGAACAAUUCUUCACAAUAUUUAUAGCAAUACAGGAGAAUGUAGCAAACCUGAAGUUUCAAAUGUAUCAAAAUGCAAUGAUGUUCAAAAUGAUCACAAUAAAGAAAACUGUGUUAGCAAAGUAUCAUCAUCUAAAUGCAAAAUCAGAAAAAAAUCAUUUAUGGUGAAUAUCAAACAUAAGAAAGCCAAGGAGAGUAGCACUACAGAAGAUAUUGGUGGUCAUAGUUCUAGUCAUUCAACGAGAAAAAUCUUUUGUUCUUCUCCAUUUAUUUCGUCAACAAAAUCCAACUUUUCUUUUAGUUUAAAGCAAACUUUUUGUAAUAUUUUUCGAUCACGUAAAAGUACAUCAACAGACUUGGAUCCUGGAUUGAACCCAACAGACACUGUUGUUCUUGUAGAUGUAACUAAAGAGACAACAUUUGAAAAGCGUGCACUUCCACCAGUGCCUGAUGAUGGGCCCAGAGAUACAUACGAACGAGAGACCAGUAUGGAUUUUGCCACUAGCAUUGAAAAAGUGAAAGACUAUGGAUGGUAUUGGGGUCCAACAUCAGGAGAAGCUGCUGAAAAAAUACUGUCAAAUGAACCCGAUGGAUCAUUUAUUGUACGUGACAGUAGUGAUGAUCACUAUAUAUUUUCAUUGACAUUUAAGUUGAAUGGUUUUGUUCGACAUGUCAGAAUCGAGCACGAUCAAGGAAAUUUUAGUUUUGGUAGCUGUACAAAAUUUAAAAGUCACACUAUCGUUGAAUUUGUUGAAAAUGCUGUAGAACAUUCUCGUAGUGGAAGGUAUUUGUUCUUUUUGCAUAGACGUCCAAUUCUUGGACCAAUGAGAGUACAGUUACUUCAUCCUGUCUCUCGAUUCAAACAAGUCCAAAGCUUGCAACACAUGGCCAGAUUUGUCAUUUUGAAGACAGUGCGUCGAGAUUUGAUCCACAAAUUGCCAUUACCCAGACGACUGAUUGAUUAUUUAAAUACGCCACAUUAUUAUUGUGAACAACUGGGCAGCUCUGAUAGUAGCCAAUCAACAACUCCUACUCCAGCUGUACAUCUAAUAUCAUUUACACCACCUUAAAUUUACUGAUUCCUCAUUAGAAAUGUAUGUUAUUAGUAAAUAAAUACACUCUUCAAAUAAAUUAACUUUUAGCAAGACAUAUUUAAAAAUUAAACUAUUAAAA